GGUAGAUUCCCGUCAGAGAAAUGGGGCAUUUCAACAACAUACAAGUUACAAUGGCAUCAAUAUUAAUUAUACGAACCACUCCUAAAGGACCCCUCAUUGCCACAUCUGAUACGAUUAGAGACUAACUCUCACCGUCCAGGGAUAAUAAGGAGGUACAUAAGCAACUCCCUUACAGCUCACAUCCUCGUAUCAAUUCAUUUCAAUCAAUCAAUCACGUUGCUUUUUGGGCCCUCCUUGCAUGAGAUCCAACGCCUCCUCCUUAAUCCUUUAAUGCUUAUGUAGCAUAUUACUUUCACUCACCGUCCUUAUAUCUUCUUUGCCCACAUCUCUACUUCGUCGCUGCUCAACAAAUAUUGUUUAGAAUCAAGUCAAGCAAUUUCAAACAUGUCAUCAUCAAACCGUUUUUUGAUCUGGGGAGGAGAAGGUUGGGUUGCUGGACAUCUCAAGACUCUUCUCGAAAGCCAGGGAAAGGAAGUUUACACCACCACUGUUCGCAUGCAAAAUCGGGAAUCUGUCAUUGCAGAAAUUGAAAAAGUCAAGCCAACUCAUGUUCUUAACUGUGCUGGCUGCACUGGACGCCCCAACGUCGAUUGGUGCGAGGACAACAAGGAGGAGACGAUUCGAAGCAAUGUUAUCGGAACAUUGAACUUGACCGAUGUUUGCUACUUGAAGGGUAUUCACAUUACUGUCUUCGCUACAGGAUGUAUCUAUACCUAUAACGAUGAGCAUCCAAUUGGCGGACCUGGAUUCUUGGAGACUGAUCCAGCCAACUUUGCUGGCUCAUUCUACUCGGAAACUAAGGCCCACGUUGAGGAGGUUAUGAAGACAUACAACAACACCCUUAUCCUCCGACUUCGAAUGCCCGUCAGUGAUGAUCUCCAUUCCCGUAACUUCGUCACCAAGAUUGCCAAAUAUGACCGUGUAGUCGAUAUCCCCAACUCAAAUACCAUUCUCCACGAUCUUCUCCCUGCUUCCAUCCUCAUGGCCGAGCACAAAGAUACCGGUAUCUACAACUUUACCAACCCAGGAGCCAUUUCUCACAACGAGGUUUUGGCUCUCUUCAAGGAAUAUGUGAGACCAGAUUUCACAUGGAAGAACUUCACAUUGGAGGAACAAUCCAAGGUCAUCAAGGCGGGACGAAGUAAUUGCAAGUUGGAUACCACUAAGUUGGUCAAGAAGUUGAGCGAGUAUGGAUACGAGGUCCCAGAAAUUCACGAGGCGUACAAGGGAUGUUUCCAAAGAAUGGCUGCUGCUGGCACCAAAUAGAUGGGGCUCGCAUGUGGCAUGUAACAUGGGCACACGCAACGGCUGUAAUUCUGUGUCUUGUCGUCUGAAGUAUUUCUCUACCCUAAAACGUGGUUGGAUAUCUUCUUCGAUAUCUUUUAAAUAAACAUACUUAUUAUUAUUGUCCAAUAUGGCCGGCCUA